AUGAGUGAGCGAAAUAAGAGUGUCCUUGGUAGAUAUACAAAUGCAGAUAUCUUUGAGAAACUCUUUGGGAUUGACCAGAGGUUUAUUUUAAAGGCUUUAAAUAUUACAUGUCUAUUUCUAUCUAUAGUAUCAUUGAUAAUGACUAUAAUAGCCUAUAAAUAUGAGCAAUUUCUUCAUGUGAAGCUAUUAGCUAUACUUACGAUCCUUCUAUCUGUAUUUUCAGUAUGUGUCAUGAUUUUCAUACCAGAAUUUGAGAGAUGUCUAGGAGAGUCUGGGGGUGUGGGCGUACCUCCUAGGGGUACUAAUGAUGUGACUGGGAGUAAUCCUAGCUGUGCAUCGUCAGAUCUACUGACUAGGAGGAAGGUUCAGUAG